AGGUACCCAAUACAAAAACAUAUAGGGUACUCGACUACCGCCGUGGCAUGACGCUGGAAGAGGCCUACCGCGCAUACCACGAUCCGAAUGUACCUACCAAGCGCCUCCUGCUGGCCCUGCAGGAUAUCGCCGACGCUGCAGCGGACACCCACGUCGGAGACAUGGGUGCCCAGCCAAUGUACCACUUCAACAAUGAGCAGUUCGCGGCGUCACAUGCGGUGCUGCAGGCGCGGUGGGGGCGGUUGGUAGGCGCGUUGAAGACGCGUGACGUGGCGGCGGCGAGGUACCUGCUGGGCACGUCGCUCGCAGCCUUGCAAGACUUCUACUCGCACUCCAACUGGAUCGAGCUGGGCCACGACUCUAUCCUCGAAGGUCUUGGGCUGCCAAGUGGGACGCUGCCGGACGUCGCUCGCUUCGAUGAGGAGACUUGCGUCACAUGCCUCAAUAAGGGUGUUGAAUGCAGGAGUCACCUGACAGAUUAUAUUCUGGAGUCUGGCUUACUGACUUCUGAGUACGUCACCAACAUGGGAUACACGCCGCUGCCAGGCAAGUGUCAGCUUCCUCCCCGUCAGGCAAGACGUGGUCGCAUGGGGGUGGGGGGCAUCAGCAAAGACCUGCCCUCAGCCUGCUUCAGCCCUCGGCCUGACCUGCACAAUCGAGCGGCGCGACUCGCUGCGCAGGCAACGGCACAUUACCUCACGGCGCUCAGACAGGCCGUGGGCAACGAGCUAUUCAAUCACCUGCUGUCACUGCACCCAAGACCAGCUGUAGCCAUCGUCACCGACGGCAGGAAGGAUUACACCGAAACCCUGUUGAACUCUUUGCCUUUCGGAACAAUAAAGAUGCCAGAACCUGAAGAUUACGAUUACGACGAAGAUACCAAUAUGAACUCUUUGCCUUUCGGAACAUUGGAGCUGCCAGAACCUGAAGAAUACCUAUUAGUUGUUUACUCUGAUACUGUAAGAGGAGGGGGCGGAGUGUUUCGGUCCAGUUCUGCUACUGCUCUUGUACAAGCCCUAAAAUCAUCCCUCAUCGAUGCCGUAGCUGCACCACGGGACCCUCUGGCUGCUCUGCACACGGCUGCCCACGCAGCGCUGCCUGGCACGGAGGUCUUCAUGCUAACAGAGAGCGCUCCCUUAAGAGGGCACACGGGGGCCAGCACGCCCCUGCACACACGGGAACUGCUCUUGCGCAAGAGAAUCAAGGUAAUGCCGUUGGUGGUUGGACACAUUUUACAAAAAGAUGAGAGCGCACAGAACCAAUCUACCAAACCUAACUCAUCACACAACAUAUGGAUUGGGGGAAACGCAAGUGCCAUUCCCCUUGAGCCAGAGAUGCUUUCAGCAAGUCGCGUCUACCAUAUCCUGGCAGAACUCGCCUUAAUGACAGGAGGUCACGUCAUCGACGUGCCAACUGCAACUGAACUGACGAGCGCUCUUUACGCUGUCAAGAAACAGUAUUUUCAGGGCGAGGUUGUGUUGUAUCGCGAUAUUUCGGGGUCGAGUGCCAAGAUCAUCAACAUCACAGUGGAUAAUCGCGUGCAGGCAGUCGGCAUAUCGCUCUACGGCACUUUUGUCUCGGCAGCUAUGACGGCUGAUGGUGGAUCGAUUACUGAUCUACUUGGUGAUUCUCCAACGACAACCAGAAAACCUUAUGACUAUUAUAGAUCACGGCACCACCAGGUUCCUGUCACAUUAGGCAUUAUGAAGUACAAAGUGGGGCGCACGUUCAUGCUUGUCAGGUUGGCAUUGACGAAAAGAGUUAAAUAUCUGACAUUGACGUACUUUCCAUCUGGCGUCGCGUCAGUCAUAGUUACGGCCUCGUCAGCGACGGAUGUCAUCCCUUCAUUCUACCACGCUGACGUCAACAGCAGUUACCCGUCUAUGCAACGUUUAUCACACCCCUCUACUACAGGCAUGCACGAAUACCUAGGAGUAGUUGUGCCCGGCAUCGACACGGCCAGUUUGCAGAGAGUGAUAUCCGUAGAAUUGACGCCGCUCGCUAGCCCUGACUCCUCCCGCUCUCUACAGUUGCCAACAACCUCACCUCGAUUCAUCACUUAUGCCAGACUAAACGAUUCCACCACUCUGCCACUGUUGCCAUUUAGCAUCGUCUACACGGCACAUGACUCUGGAGGUCGAGAUCUCGUACGCAUGAGCCAGCAGAUGCAGAUGCCAUGCGAGUUUCGAGUUUGUCUUGGCAGCGGCCGUGAGGUGUGGGGGAGACGUGGAAAGAAACUUUCGGUCCACUUCAGUAUCACCAACACUGCUGAAGCGGAUGAAACUUUUACCAUCAACGCUGCCGACUCUUUAGGAUACCCCAUUGUAUUUCCGCGGAAAAGCGUUCGAGUGGUGAGCAAGAAGUCAGUCAACUUGGUGUUGUUCGUCUACAUACCUAUGAGGGUGAACGCCUUCCAGCAGUUGGUCAAGCCUACGGAAUACGGAAUUAGCGACAUUUCGAACAUCAAGUCUGUGUCCAACUCUCUUGUGAUCACAGCGACGUCUCCUAAGGGACAAUAUAGCAGCGUCGUGGCUUACGUCAUUGACACAAGCGACGUGGAAGACGGUGACAUGUUCGUCACAAGGAACGUUACACACCUCUAAAAUGUGUGCGUCAUAUGCUCGGUUACAACCUAACCUAACCUAACAUGAGCGCUCUGGUCGGUAGACUGACGAAGAAAAUUAUAACUGUACGAAAGAUCUUAUACGAGGAAGUCUCAAGUUUGACAUGAGAAGUAUUGAGGCGGUACAUAGACCGCUGAUUCAGUAGACUGAUUCAGUUAGAAGAGGCCGUGCUUCAAAACAUUCCAGAAGGCGUAGAAAUGCAACUGGAUCACGUUAUUUGUGCGUGAAAACUUUCAAACGUGAAGUAAACGACAUGAAUUGAAUUCACGAGUAGCUAGCUGGUUUCUUACAUGUCGCGUCGGUAUUUUCAAACGAGUACCCUUGUCUUUGACAUUAUUCUUGAUCGAUAUGCAGUUUGAGUAAAGUUAAAAUCUGUAUUUGAUCAUCUUUCGCGUGUCAUACUUUGCCAUUUUACCUUUCACCGCUUUAUUUUUAAUGCCUUUUUCAUCGCAUGACUGGAAAAAUUAGAGUUCGAUAUUACAGAAGUAUAAUAAUCAAACAUAACAUGGUUACAAUUUCGGAAAUAAAUACUCACGGAUCUGUAAUCCCAAUAAAAUUCUUCCUAUUAUAUAAUUGUUUACGUGCAUGAGUGCUAUUUUAAAGAAUUACAUUGACGUUUAAACUAUUUUCUUUUCAUUUUCUAUUUCUUAAGUGAAAAAAUUAUCUGUAUGGGACAAAUCAAAUCAAAACUCGUCACAAUUAUUUAAGUACUCAUACAUUCUUAUAAAAGGUUUGCCAGCAUUAAACAGAAUUCGCCUCGUAGGCAGUUCAUUGCAGAGAAUAAUAAUGACAUAUUCCUAAUAAAGGAUUGCAUGCACGUAAUUUUGCUCUUCUUAUCGCCGAAUUUUAUUUUGCAAUCUUGAUGGUAAGUACAGUCUGCUGCCAU